AUGAGCGAGCUCAAGGAUUCGCUGCAGUUCCACGACUUCAAGUCGGUGGAUCACCGAAAUUGCCCGCGCUACACCGCCGUGCUGGCCCGCUCCGAGGAUGAAUGGCAUUGCAUUGAGGAGCUCCGACAUUCGCAGCUGCAGCUGGAGCUGGAGCCUGCUGUCCUCGGCCAGCGCAGGCUGCGGGUGCUGGAGGCCAUUCUCUUUCAGAUUUUGACAGACUGGCAGGACAAGAAGGGGAACAGGCAACAAGAAUAUGAGUUUCAGACGACCCAGUUACAGGCCUCGGAUCCCAAAAACGAUGCCCUAACAGUCUGGGCCCAGUGGAGCCCUACUGUGGCUGACCUCACUAGUGAGAGGUGCGAACCCUGGAGAGCUGCUCAAACCCCGGAGGAUGAGGCUGAGCACUACAAGAUCCCACCUCUGGGGAAGCAUUACUCUCAGCGCUGGGCCCAGGAGGAUCUGCUGGAGGAGCAGAAAGAUGGUGCCCGGGCAGCAGCUGCUGCUGACAAGAAGAAAGGCAUCCUGGGACCGUUAACAGAGCUGGACACAAAAGAUGUGGACGCCCUGCUGAAGAAGUCAGAGUCCCAGCAGGAGCAGCCUGAGGAUGGCUGCCCAUUUGGGCCCUUGACGCAGCGCCUCCUGCAGGCACUGGUCGAGGAGAACAUCAUCUCGCCCAUCGAGGACUCCUCGAUCCCAGAGCUGGUGGGCAAAGACUCGGGAGCUGACGGUGCUGGUACUUCGCCCCGCAGCCAGAACAAACCCUUCAGCGUCCCCCACACCAAGUCCCUGGAGGGACGGCUCAAAGAGGAGCUGAUUGCCCAAGGCUUGCUGGAGUCAGAGGACCGCCCCCCUGAGGACUCAGAGGAUGAGGUCCUGGCGGAGCUACGCAAAAGGCAGGCCGAGCUCAAGGCGCUCAGCGCUCACAACCGGACCAAGAAGCAGGAGCUGCUCAGGCUGGCCAAGGACGAGCUGCACAGGCAGGUUCUGCGGCAGCGGGUGCGCAUGGCUGACAAUGAGGUCAUGGAUGCCUUCCGCAAGAUCAUGGCGGCACGCCAGAAGAAACGCACGCCCACCAAGAAGGAGAAGGACCAGGCCUGGAAGACCCUGAAGGAGCGUGAGAGUAUCCUCAAGCUCCUGGAUGGCUAAUGGGGAAGUGCCACACCCUGCCCUGUCUCUCCAGACUGGCUGCCCAGCUGGGCUCCCGCUUCCUGCACUGAGAGCUCCUUGCUGGGGACAGGGAGGCCCCAACUCUGGGCCUUAGCAGUGACUUCCUCAUCCCUGUCUCAGUGGGGCUGGGCAUGGGCUCAGCUCUGCCUGGGGCCAGGCUGGAGGGGUUUGCCAGGCCCUGGGAGGCAGAGCCCACAUGCGUGUCUCCGCCUGUGGCCCUGCACCUGGUAGCACCUCCCUGAGCAGCUCUCCGUACUCCCCCUUCUCCCUGGGGUGCUCAGCUUCUCUGCAUCUCCCUUCCCUACUAUGCUGUGCAAGGGGCGCUCUCCCUUUCC